AAUAGUAGUAGUAGUAGUAGUAGUAGUAGUAGCAGCAAUACUAGUAGUGGUAGUGACAGUGGUAGUAGUAGGAGUAAUAGUAGUAGUAGCAGCAGCAAUAGUAGUAGUAGCAGUAGUAGUAGUAGUAGCAGUAGUGACAGUAGUGGUAGUAGUAGUAGUAGUAGCAGUAGUAGCAGCAGCAAUAGUAGUAGUGGUAGUGACAGUAGUAGUAGGAGUAGCAGCAGCAAUAGUAGUAGUAUUAGUAGUAGUAGUAGUAGUAGCAGCAGCAAUAGUAGUAGUGGUAGUAACAGUGGUAGUAGUAGAAGUAGUAGUGGCAGUGGUGGUAGUAGAAAUAGUAGUAGUAAUCGUUAUAGUAACAGCAGCAGUAGUAGUAGUAGUAGCAGUAGUAGUAGUAGUAGCAGUACUGUUAGUAGUAGUAGGUGUAGUAGUGGUAGUAGUAGUAGUAGCAGCAGCAAUAGUAGCAGUGGUAGUGACAGUAGUAGUAGGAGUAGUAGUAGUAGUAGCAGCAAUAGUAGUAGUGGUAGUGACAGUAGUAGUAGUAGUAGCAACAGCAAUAGUAGUAGUAAUAGUAGUAGUAGUAAGAGCAGCAAUAUCAGUAGUGGUAGUGGCAGUAGUAGUGCUAUCAGUAGUGUGGCAGUAGUGUGGCAGUAG